AUGCUCCUCGUUCCUCCACAACUAUCAGAAACAGAAGCGACCACAAGCUCGACGAUAUCUGUCCCUUGGGAGAACUGCAAGUUUGCCUCUGAAGACCUUCACCCUGUGCUCAUCAUGUUAAGGAUACAGGCUCCGUUGCAUUAUCAUCCGAUGACCGCCGGACCAAGAUGGCGCAUCUGCGCCUGCGGGAACAUUCAGCAAGGAACUUCUUCCCUGCACGACGCCGAGGUGAAUUCCUCUAGAUACGGCGAAAGGAAGGGGAACCGGAAACACCCGGGCGCCUACAUUGACAAAGAUGGUGAAGCGCGGACCUUCGACCGGAAGAAAAUAUCGCGGAAAAGAGGGGGCGCAAUGAGAGGCCGCGGCUGGAAGUACGGCUCCGGGUUCGUGGACGGCGUCUUCCCGGUGCUCAGCCCCAUGGCGCAGGACAUCCUGGAGCUCGUGCAGAAGGGUACAGACGCCGCCAAGGUCUGGGAGGCGCUGGACAGCGUCCCUCCCACGCACGCCCUGUGGGACGACGUCCUCAACGUCGCCGUCCAGCUCCGCCUGAGCCGGCAGUGGGAUCCCGUCAUCUCAGUCUGCGAGUGGAUCGUGCACCGGAGCUCCUUCCGCCCGGACGUGGUCUGCUACAACCUGCUCAUCGACGCGUACGGCCGGCGGCGGCGGCUGGGCAAGGCGGAGGCCAUGUACGCGGCGCUGCUGGAGGCCCGGUGCGUGCCGACGGAGGACACCUACGCCCUCCUCCUGCGCGCCUACUGCAACGCCGGGUCGCUGCACCGGGCCGAGGGCGUCAUCUCCGAGAUGCGGGAGCACGGCAUCCCUCCGAGCGCGACCGUGUACAACGCGUACCUCGAUGGGCUGCUCAAGGCGAGGUGCUCCGAGAAGGCGGUGGAGGUGUACGAGAGGAUGAAGCGGGAGCGGUGCCGGACCAACACGGAGACGUACACCCUCAUGAUCAAUGUCUACGGGAAGGCACGUCAGGCAACUUUUUCGCUAUGGAAAUGUCUUCAUCACCUGACUGAAAAAAGUGUGUUGUUUUCGAUGAUCACCAUUCUUGAGAACUUGUUCUUGUGUCAAUUGCAGUCGAAGCAGCCGAUGUCGGCGAUGAAGGUGUUCAAGGAGAUGCAGUCGCUGGGGUGCAAGGCCAACAUCUGCACCUACACGGCGCUGGUGAACGCGUUCGCCAGGGAAGGGCUGUGCGAGAAGGCCGAGGAGGUGUUCGAGGAGAUGCAGCAGGCCGGGCACGAGCCCGACGUCUACGCCUACAACGCCCUCAUGGAGGCCUACAGCCGCGCAGGGUUCCCGCAGGCCGCCUCGGAGAUCUUCUCCCUGAUGCAGCACAUGGGGUGCGAGCCCGACAGAGCUUCCUACAACAUCCUGGUGGACGCCUACGGGAGAGCCGGCCUCCACCGAGAGGCGGAGGCGGUGUUCGAGUCGCUGAAGCGGCAGGGGAUGGCGCCGACGAUGAAGUCGCACAUGCUGCUGCUGGCGGCGCACGCCCGGUCCGGCAACGUGGCGCGGUGCGAGGAGGUGAUGGCGCAGCUGCACAAGUCGGGGCUCGCCCCGGACACCUUCGCGCUCAACGCCAUGCUCAACGCCUACGGCCGCGCCGGCCGCCUCGGCGACAUGGAGCGGCUGCUCGCCGCCAUGGAACGCCGGGGGACGAGCGACGUGGGCACGUACAACGUGGCGGUGAACGCCUACGGCCGCGCCGGGUACCUGGAGCGGAUGGAGGCGGCGUUCGCGUCGCUGGAGCGGCGGGGCCUCGCCGCCGACGUGGUGACCUGGACGUCCCGCAUGGGCGCCUACGCCAGGAAGAAGGAGUACCGGCGGUGCCUCGAGAUCUUCGAGGAGAUGGUGGACGCCGGGUGCUACCCGGACGCCGGGACCGCCAAGGUGCUCGUCGCGGCCUGCUCUGACGAGCGGCAGGUGGAGCAGGUCACCGCCAUCGUCAGGUCCAUGCACAAGGAGGCCAAGACCUUGUUCACCAUAUGA